AUGGGACGCCUGUCGAAGCUCCUCACGCUCGGUCUGCGUAAGUCGUCCUCCACGAGUCACGACUCCUCGUCUUCGUCCCAGCACGCCGCAGGUCUCGCUUCGCCUUCCCAGUUUCACUCUUCCUUCGUACCGACCUCGCCCUUCUCGCGCCGCUUCGCCUCUCUCUCCCCCGCGCCACAUCCUUCCCUCGCGCCUUUCCACCCCCCUUCCUCCCAGGCGCCUUCUUUUCGCGCAUCUCCUCUGCGUGCCUCCUCGCCGCCUCCACCUCCGCCUCCGCCUCCGGCGCGCGCGUCCCGCUUCGCCUCGCCCUUCACGCGGUCGCGUGCUCGCGCGGCCUCCACUGUGACGAAGUCGUUCUUUCCGCCGCACUUAAGCGACCCGCAGCGUCUUUCGGCCCCGCGGGCUGCCGAGGCGCGCAUCUCCCAAACAGACUCGAAACGCGUCACCUUUCGCUCUUCCAGCGCCCCGCCCUCGUCCGCGGCCUCGCCGCCCGCCUUUCUGCAGACUGUCUCCGCGGGCCCCGCCUCGCUGCACCGGCCUUCAGCCUCCACGUCCGCCACGCCGUUCGCCGCGACUCGCCCCCAUACCACCGGCGCGCGCCUGCCGCUUGGGGGCGCGGCUGCGGGCGCCGUGCGACGCGUGUCAGGCGAUUUUGGGCGUCGGACAGCCUCGAGCAUUCCCCUGCGCGCCAAGGCGCCCCUCGUGCGGCGCGUCUCUUCGGGCGUCGCAUUCGCGCCGGAGGGGCCCAGGGGACAGCUCGGCGGGGAGACGCGCCAGACACUGUGGAGCGAACCGUUAGGGCCGCCGGAGGCGCAAUACUCGCGCCUCGGGAGGGGCUGGGAGCAGCCCUUCGCCGCGGAGUCUGAGGAGGACGAGAAGAGCACCGAGCAGCGGCGCGAGGACUUCCUGAGAGGGCACGAGUUGGGCACGGUCCUGCGCGAGAGCGGCGGGGUUGGAGCUCUGGCGGCGACGCAGAGGGGCUCAACGUUGACGGAGGAGAGGGAGCACGAGAAGGGGCCGCCGAAGAAGCGCGGCGGAGUAGAGAAGAAGCACAUCCGGGGGUCGCCGUUUGCGUGGACGAGACGAGUGUCGAGCGCAGACAAGAAGGAGGCCUUAUCGCGGGCUGAGCAGCAGCCCAUGCCAGGCACACUCGAGAGGAACGAAACGACUUGGAGGGACGGGGGAAUCAACAGAUUCAUCUCCAGGGACCUGCAGAGUUUCGGGCCUCGGGCGGAAGAGCCGCGAGGGCUUGCGGCGAGCCGGGACUUCUUCUGGCAAACUGAAAACACGGCUCCGCCGAGUGCCGACAACGCACCGCACGUGGCGGCGUCGCACGUGUACGUACAGUCCAGCGAGGCACGAUCCAGAAGCAUUUACCUCGACAAGCAAGGCGUCAAAGUCGUGGUGGAGCAGAGACAACAGGCGACAUUCGCGCGCCGGACGUCGCAGCAAAGCAGCUGCUCGUUCGCUUCUUCCACGUCCUCAGCUUCUGUGCAUCCCGCGUCGCCCUCGGUACUACAGUCCGGACUGCCUGCGUCGCCGUCUUCUUUAUUCUCGCAGGCGUCGCGGGGCCCGCAUUUGCGGACGGGUUCGGUGACUUCUUCCUCGUCCGUCUUCUCGCGGGGAAUCACUCAGCAGACGAGUUUCGCCUUCCCCGCGCCCACAGUCUCUGCGCGGCUGGAGCCGACGCACGCGCAGUCUAUCUUCUCGUCUGCGCGGAGCUUCAGCUCGGCAGCAGGGGCCUCGACCGCCAGCGAGACACCUGCCGCAGCUGCUGCUGCAGAACCUGCGCCUCCGUCUAACAAGGCGUCCACUGCGGGCGAGGCGCAGACCAAGCCGCCGGAGAAGCGCAAGUCGUAUUUGUCGUCCUUCUCCUUUUCUCCGGUUUUCGUGACGGAUGCGCGACCCCCCGCCGCCGCGCUCAGCCCUAAGAGAGCUCCUUCCGGUCCUGCGCGGAGUCCUGCUGCGGUGCCGCCGCCCGGGUCUGCAGCCAGCGACAAGCUUGGCGGCGCGUCGUCUUUCCCUCCCUCGAAACCUGAGUCUCUCACACAAGCGGCGUGCGCUGGUGCGCGGCGCCGGGUGUUUGCGGCCUCGCGCUCGUCCAGCAGCUUGGGGCCCGCAGUCGCCGGGCGACGCCCAGAUGGCGCCCGCCGGCGCCAUCUGGGAGGGGGCGGCGCGAGACGACGCGGGGGGGGGAGAGGCAGCGACAGCGGAGACGGCUUGAGGCGCGGGUCGUCUCGCGAGCAAGUGCUGAACUGCUACUCCUUUCGCAAAGAGGAGCCCGACAGCGCGCUCAGCGGUGGCGGCGACCCACCGCUCUCCUCCGUCCUCUCUCUCGACUCCGACACCUCCUCCCUGAUUUCUUGCCACUCACUCUCGUCCCGCAGCCCGUCGCCCGCGGCGCAGAGGCCCCGCAGCGGGCCUCGCGUCACGGCCCCGGCGGGCGGCGCGGCCUCAGCCUUUGCUGCGCCGAGCGCGAAAGCAGACAAGGCGAAAGAUGCCUCGGCGCCUGGGCUCCGCCGGCGCUUCGGCUCCUCGGCGUCGCACCAGAUGCCCGCCGGAGGUGACACGUCGUUCACGUCCUCGGGCGACCGCCCCCAGAACCCUCCGAAGGUGGCCGCCUCGGACGAGGAGGACGACGGAGUCGCCGCCGCAAGAUUCGACGCGCGAAGCCGCGGCUCCGCGGCGCGCCCGCGGCACAGCAUGCCACAAAUGCCGCCGCCCAAGGCGGGGGGAGCGGCGGGCAGCGCCGGUGUCUCCUCGGGGCGCGAGGAUGCUGUCGCUUCGGGCGGGUCUGAGCGGCUGUGGCGCGAGAGCGGCGGCGCGCCUGCGCGACCGGGGCCGGCGCGCGAGGCGGGCGACACGACGGCGAAACGCGAGCUAGAGACGUUCGCCUCAGAGUUUCUGCUUUCAGAAGAAGACGACCCGCGGCCGCCUGAGUUCUUCCGCAGGCCGUCGCGGCUCCACUCAGAUAUGCAGCAGGGAGGGAGGGGGGCGUCUGCAGGCGCCGAGUCCGUCGGGCGACGUGACUCCUCUGCCUCUGCGCUCGCGCGGCGCCACCGCCACCGGUACACGAGCGGCGAGGCCCUGCGGCGCCACAGAAGUCGCGGGAAGACCGAGGAAGGCGGAAGCGGGGUUCCGCUGGUCGGCGCAGCGCUCGGCACCGCCUCCGGCGCGGGCGCCGCGCUGAGCGCCGGCGCCGCAGGCGUCGCUGCAGGCCCGGUGGGGGUCGCGGCCGCGACGGCGAGCGGCGCGUUGUCGGGUGCGUUCUCGGGGGCCGUCAUCGAGGCGGUCAUGCAGAGGAGACACACCAGCGACGAGGAGAGCGAGGAGGCGCGCGGGAGGCGCCGGCAGGCAAAGCACCGAGACGGCCGCAAGGAGGCGCGAACGCGCCACUCCAAGAAGAAGGGGGAUGAAGAGGGCCUGAGGAAGAGCCUCAGCAGGCGGGAGCCGUCGACAGCGGCUCCGGCCCGCGGGCGCGCGACCUACGACGAAGACGCACAGCGCCGCGGCGUGAGCAGGGGUUACUCGAACAUCGUCUCUGUGCACGAGGGGCGUCUUGUAGGCGUCGCAGGCGCGGCGAAGGCGGCCGCCAAGGCCGCAGUUGAAGAGCAGAAAGAGGAGGAGGCCGCGGCCGCGGCGCUGUCGCGGGGUGCGUCGCGUCGUCACCGCGACAGCGCAGACUUCGGGGCGAGCGCCAGCCGGCUGAGGUCGCGAGGGAAAGACGACUCGACUGCAGACCUGUCACGCGAAGGCAGCGAGGUCCACAGGAAGCGCGACGGAUCGCGACGCCGGCGCCACGGUAGCAGCCACUACGCGCGUCAGGACAGCGGCCGACCGUCGCGGGUCGACACGUCGCCCGUGCGUCUGGGCAGUCGACAGCACGGGUCGCACGCUCUCGACUACGAGGCGGCGCAUCCGCCAGGGCUCUACUCGCGUCUGCAGCGGCACCGCACGCUCCCCUCGCCUCUUCUUCACCUGCCCUCCUCGGCGCCGUCGAUCCCCGCGCUGCCCGGCUCUUCGAGCUUCGAACGGGAUGCAGGCGACAGACCGGUCGUCGUCGAGGAGGAGGAGGAAGACGAGGAGGAGCCGCAGGUCACGCAACAGGCGAGCCUCGAAGGGGAGGGCCGUAAGAGCGACCUCAGGGAGUUGCGGGCGCGCGAGAAAGCCCUGCAGAAGCUGCGCAAGGGGCUAAAGAGAGAGGAGGAGCGCCUCGCGCGAGAAGCGGCCAGCGACGCGAGAGAGGCGCGACAGGAGGCAGCGGACCUCAGCGACGAAGCGAGGCGACUCCGCCUCCAAGAAGAGGCGCUGUUUUUGCACAACCGAGACCUCAACGAUCAGGUCGACAGCCUCGACGUUUCCCUCGAGGUGGCGGAGGCAGACAAAGAGGAAAGGAAGCCGUACAGCGACGCGAGCGUGCAUCUCUUUGAGGACGAGGAGAGAGACGCAAAGAGGGAGCAAGAGGCCGGGGAGCAACGCGUGGGCACUUACACCUGCGACCAGCCCCAUGGAGGAAAGGAAGAGGAGGACGAGGACGAAGGGUAUCAGGAAGACAUUCCAUACUCCAUGCUUCGCCCGCCUGUGUUUGAAGAGGGCGCUUCGCAUGGCGCCUCGCCGCCGUGUCUCUCUCAGCUCCGCUCCCUCCGCGGCCGGCGCGAAGGAGGGGGCGUCAGCGGCACUCGUCUCUCUUCUCGCGCUGUCCCCUGCGACUGUUUGCAUGACACGCCGCUGCCUCCGGCGUCGCGCGUGUCUGCGCCCGCGAGCCACGAAGGAGACUGCGACGAACUGCAUGAGGGGGGGGAGAGCGGCUUUCUGUUCCCUGGGGUGAUUGCGUGUUUUCGCGAUGCGAGCGCCCCGGGGGGCUGCGCGGGAAGAAGUGCUGGUCUCCUGCACCCGCCCUCUCCUCUGCUUGCCUCGCUCGCUCUCGCCCCUCCGCCGCCGGAGGCCGCGGCGACUGGUUUCGCGUCGUGUAGCUCGUCGGACGCAGGAGAGGAGACUGAAGAGAGCGUUGGUGAGGAGGCGCUCAGGCAGCUCUUUCGAGUGGACACGAAGCAUGGACUGUUCAACAGGUCUUUCUCGUUGUCGGGGUCUCGGCAGACUCGCCGCCAGCCGGCGGGGCUGUCUCCCCAAGCGUCGGGGCCUGCGGAGGCGAAUGCGGCACACGGGAGAGAGGCGAGUCGCGAGGCUUCGCGGAGUCUCACCGCCCUAGGGUCCGCGUCAUCCUGGAGCAAGACGAAGAUGUUUCUGUCUGGAGCGGUCUCCUCCCGAGGAGGGUGGAGGGGCUCGUCUCCGAAGCCGUCGCUCUCAUUUGUCGACAUCCCCUCGUCCCUCUCCGUGCAGAGCUUUCCCUCGUGCGAAAACCUCCGCGACUUCUCUUUCUUCUCCGCUUGUUCCAGCAACAGCGCCGGUCUAGCUGCCGCGGGCGCAGCGGGAGGCGAGGGGGGCGGCGGCGCGGCGGGGCCGAGCAGCCCCUCCUCCGCGACUGAAGAGGCGGCGGCGGGGCUCGAGCCGACAGGCGGUCUCCUGCGGUCUUACAGCGAGCCUGCGAUAAGCUCGCGCGCGCAGACUGACUGUAGCAACGCGGAGAAGCGAGAAAAAGACGCGCGUCCUCCGCCGCACAGCACAGCUGAGGGAGCGCCUGGCGCUAGCGCUUCUGACGGCGGGGGGGCCGCGGGCGGGUGUUUCUGUGGCGGCGGCGCUGAGGGCAUGAGCUGUGCGCCCCCCGGCGUGCCGCUGAAGCAGCCGCCGCCGCUGGGGCGUGUGAGAAGCACGCCGGUCUCGGCGCUCGCGGCUCGAGACUCCUCGCGGAAGAGCCUCCGCCUCCGCGUCCAUUUUGACCCCGAACUCGAGGAGUUGCUGCGCCGGAAAGAAGAGGCGGAGGAGGAGCGGAGGGCCCGCCGGGCGCGGGGCGAGGCCCCGGCCGAGGGUGAGAAGGACGAGCCCGCCUUCGACUGGCAUCAAACGCGCGCCAAGCACCCCGUCUCCGCGAAGAAGAACGCCAAGACAGAGAAAGAGCACGAGGGCAGAAGCGCGAACGCGCCGCAGCGGGAAAAAAUGUCGUUUAGGCGCAUGGGGUCUGGAGCGUGCGGCACGCUCCGCUCCUUCGUCACCAGGCUCCGGUUGGGGCCGCAGGGCGAGGGCAACGCCAAGAAAGACGGGGCGCCUAACAGGGCCGGCGACUGCGCUGGCGAGGGCGCCGCCGCGACACUCGCCCAGCAAUUUGCAGCAGCCUGCGCCGCGCCCGAAGGCGAGGCAGGCACGAAGGAGGGCGGCAACUCGAACGAGGAGAGCUCGGCUGCGACGGCUGAUGCCAGCACUGCAGAGGGCGAAUCACCGGAAGCAAGCGCUACAGUCGUGGGGGCCUGA